AUGGAGUCGAGAGCCUUCUGUCUGCUGGUGCUCUGCUGCUGUAUCAGUAUUUGCAAUCUUCAACCACUCAUUCGUCCCAGUAAUGGACUUAAUUUGUGUCGCAUAAACUCAAGUUUAACAGCGCUGGAGGUUCUACCAGGAGGAGGCUGGGAUAACCUGCGCAACAUAGACAUGGGCCGGGUGAUGAAUCUGAGCUAUUCCCAGUGUCAGACCACAGAAGAUGGUGUCUAUCUCAUUCCAGAUGAAGUCUUCGUCAUUCCACAGAAAGUAAGCGCAGUAGAAACAAACUCUGAGAUCAUCAUGUCAUGGCUGGAACAGACAAGCUCCACUUCAAGCUCCAUCAAUGUGGAGGCUUCUUAUUUGAAGAUGCUUAAUGGAAAAUUCUCUAAAGAAAAUCAACGUAUAAAGACCCACCAAGUGAGAGACAAAUCUGCAACAGCACGAGUUCAAGUCCGUAACUAUCUGUACACAGUAAAGGCAUAUCCUGACUUCAUUCUGGACGUCCGCUUUGCUCAACAGGCCGAGGAAAUCGCAGCAGCUAUUGAAAACAAUCAAAUACGUCUAGCAAAUUACUUGUCAGAGAAACUCAUUCUUGAUUAUGGCACCCAUGUAAUCACAAGUAUGGAUGCGGGUGCCACUUUGGUGCAAGAGGACUAUUUAAAAAUGUCUUAUGUAUCUAACAGUCAGUCAGACGUGUCUUCUGUUACUGCGUCAGCAGGAUUUAACUUUUUUAAAAAAAUUAAAUUUGAAAUUGGUGCCAGUGUAUCCCAAAAAAACAAUGAAACCAGCGGUUAUGAAGGUAACAUCACAUAUUCUGUAACUGAGAGCCAUGGAGGAGCUUUAUUCUACCCAGGCAUCACUCUGCAGAAGUGGCAAGAGAGUACGCUCAAUAAUCUGGUGGCUAUUGACCGCUCCGGGCUGCCAAUUCACUAUUUUCUUAAUCCAGCGACAUUACCAGACCUCCCAGUUCCAACAGUAAAUAAAAUAGCUUUGUUCGUUUCUCAGGCUGCAGAGCAAUACUAUAAAGUAAAUACCAUUCCAGGGUGUAUCAGUCCAGAUUCCCCAAAUUUCAACUUUCAGGCAAAUGUAGAUGAUGCAUCUUGUGAUGGUUCAGUCACUAAUUUUAACUUUGGUGGCGUUUACCAACGAUGCACUCCACUGACAUCAGAUGGAAAUGUUAUCUGUAAUGAACAGGCACAGAAAAACCCAGCUACUGGUGAUUAUUCUUGCCCUCAGCAGUACAAUACCACCCUGUUACGCUCUGAGUCAGUAGAUAGUGGCUAUAAAAAUUAUGAAUGCCAAAAAACCUGUCGUUCAUGUGGUUUCUUAGGGUUACGUAAAUGUUGUGAUGAUACGUGUGCUGAUGUUUAUCGUGUCCGUCGUGCAAGGGUGGACAUCUACUGGUGUUCCACAACUCAGAAAAGCCCUUCGACCUCUGGAUCCCUCUUUGGAGGGCUAUAUGGUCCAUCUUUGCAGAAUCCAUUGACCAAAUCUUACAGCUGUCCUCCAAAUUUCUCUGUUCAAAAAUUUUUGUCUAAUGGAAUCAAGGUUUGUUUGAGCAAUGAUUAUGUAACAGCAAAAAAAUCCUCUGUGCCAUUUGGUGGUUUCUUCAGCUGCCAAUCUGGCAACCCUCUCUCAAAUGGUCAAAAUCGCUGUCCACCUCAGUUCAGCCAACAUCUUGCUGCCAUUAGUGAUGGCUGUCAGAUAUUGUACUGUGUCCAGUCUGAUGCAUUCAGUGGUGGUCAGUUAAAACCGGUCCGUCUCCCACCAUUCACAAGCCCACCGCUGGUUGGCAUGAUUGAGAAAAGCUCUAUAGCUGUAAUGACAGAAGGCAAUGUUUCCUGGGUGAGAGUGGGAAACACAGAUUCUUGGCAAAUGGCAAAUUCUGAAGAAAUUAGUGAAAUGACCAGAACUUUUGUGAGGUCUGGAGGAGAAAAGGCUGGUGUAACCUACUGUCUGCUAGCUUUGAUUGCUCUUAUGGUGUCAGGAACAAUUUUUUAA